AUUGAAAGUUUUAGCGAAGAAAAAAUCAAAUAUGGCGGAUGUGAAGCAAGUAAUAACAGAGAUGGAAACGGACGAGCCAAAAAAAGCUGUGGCAAGAAAUUUUGAUAUGCAAAUUGACAGUGAUUGCAGAUCUCUCAGGCGCACAAUAUCAGCGCCAUCGGUAAAGAGUGGAGAUAUAAAUGAUAAGGCACCUGUAUUUGUACAAGAAAAUAAAAAUCCGUCUUCAACCUUGUCAACAACAUCAAUGAUUACAACUGAAAUAGAUACUGAUGCAAACAAAACUUAUGAACAGAAAAGCCCAAUUCAACGAUCACGUUCAAGAACAUACUCUGCGGGAAGUCAAGUGACACCAAUGACGUUAAAUGUUGAUUGCAGCUCUACGUCACCUUCUCCGGUAUCUAUAGGUUCUCCUGCACCUCGAGUAAUUCAAAUAAGGCGGGAAGAAUCAGUUGAUGAACUUACAAGGGAAGUAGCAAAGGAAAGAGAUAUCACAGCAGCGAUCAAUCUUAGCCGAAGUUGGGAUGAAACGUCUUGGUUAAAUGACAAGACGUAUUUACUCACUAAUGAUACUCGCGAGAAAGGCGAUAGCAUUGACGAUGUGUUUUCCAGCCUGCAUCCAGGAAUAUCCUCACCUGUUAGGUUUAUCGACAAACUGCCUUACAAUCGAAGUUUGACACCUAGUCCUAUUGGUGUACCCAUUAGUCCAAAGCAGCGUACUUACAGGCGCAGUCUUAGCCCCAGCAAUUUGCGUCCCAGUCUACUUACGUCGAAAAGGAAACUUGAUCCUGAUGAUCCGGAGUCGUUAGGUUCACCUGCUAAACGUAAUUCACUCUACCACUCACCAGCAAGUACGAUCAGCAGCUCUUCGUCAAAUUCCUCACCAGACCAUCUCUUGGACGUACAUAUCGCGCGUCUAUCUGGCGACGAGGACUCUGAACACGUGUUUAUUACGAACUCUAUUACAACAUCAGCCACGCUAGUCAAUAAUCCGCUUUCAUGCGAUACACGCCCAAUAAACGCGUUCGCGUUUGUUAAACCUCGAUACGUGGCACCACAGUCACCGCUAGCUGCUGGUGUAAAUAGUUCCAGUAUACACCAAGCUCAUGACAGUUCCCGCAAAGCGUCGCUAAGCAACUGCACAAGUUAUACGUUUACAUCCGUCAAAGAAUGACGUAAAAAACGAAGCGAAGUCGUUUUUUUUAUUUUUACCUUCCGAAAACGCUGAUGUCAUGCAAGGCCGCAGAUUUUAAUUCGUGUGAGUGAUCUUGAAAUUUUUGUUCAUUCGUUUGUUUUGCUUCAUUCUUUAGCUGAGAACAGCUUUUUGUUAGAACUGAAUGAAUGACGGGAAUAAUCGCCAAUCCUGAUAGAAUUUAGAAUCCUCUUUUACUGUUAGAAUUUCAAAUGCGGCUAUUUUUUUUCUGCUUACUGUCUCAUUGCCUAACCUUGUAUAUAUUUCAUCCCUAUUCCUUUUCGAUUAAUAAAAUUUAUUGUUGUGGCAGUAUAUUGGAACGACCCACCUUGUCUCUAAUCCAAUCAGCCUUUGUCCCAUGCCUUUCCUGUUACUAAAUCUGAUGAAUUAAAGAGCUUCAAAAAUUAACCUUCAACGUUUAAUUAGGAAAGUUUUGCCGCCAUAAUAUGACAUGUUGUACACCGGUUGUUGUAAAUAAAUAAAUACAGAACUUGUAUUUUUAAAUUAUUAUAUUGUAGAAUAUUGAUGAAGAAGAUACGUUAUUUUAUUUAACAA